AUUUCAUCUCUCAGCCCUUUUCUCUAUUGGACGCAACCUGUCCUCGUUCUCGCCAACUAUUCACUUGAGUCCUUUUUCCAAAUCGAUGGCUCCGGCAAAGGCAGAGAAGAAGCCAGCAGAAAAGAAGCCGGCAGAGAAGGCCCCGGCGGAGAAGAAGCCUAAGGCCGAGAAGAAGAUAGCAAAGGAGGGCGGUGAGAAGAAGAAGAAGAAGGCCAAGAAGAGUAUCGAGACUUACAAGAUUUACAUUUUCAAAGUCUUGAAGCAGGUGCACCCUGAUAUCGGUAUUUCCAGCAAGGCCAUGGGCAUCAUGAACAGCUUCAUCAAUGAUAUCUUUGAGAAGCUUGCACAGGAGGCAUCGCGAUUGGCUAGGUAUAACAAGAAGCCAACUAUCACAUCUCGGGAGAUCCAGACCGCCGUGCGAUUGGUGCUGCCUGGAGAAUUGGCCAAGCACGCCGUUUCUGAGGGGACCAAGGCCGUGACGAAAUUCACAAGUUCUUAAGUUUGGAUAUGGUCUGUCCUGUGAACAAUUUAAGAUGUGGCGGUUUGUCCUUUCAUUUUGGGGAUCUAGGGUUUUCUGUAGAACCCAAUCGAUUCCCUUCUAGUUAGGGUUUAUCUUUCUUUCUCGAUCUCUGGAGCUACAUAUGUAAUGCUAUGAACAGUUCUUAAUUAAAUGUUUGGUUAGAACGAGUAUGAGCUUUAUGAUCUGAA